CAACUAUGAAUUAUGAUUUUGUUUUGGUUUCGUUCCACGUGCAUUCGUUAAACAUAUAUAAGACUUGUUGAUUUAAUUAAAAGUUCAAUGAUUACGUUUUCUUUUGUAAGAAGUACUUAAUGCCUUAAGUUGUGAAAAAUGUUGGAAUCAAAUUCUACAAAUAUUUUGCAACUUGAGGUGUUAGUUAACGACUUAAGUGAAGAUGAGCUUAAAUCUGCCUUAUUUCUUCUGCAAGAUUAUUUCAAAGAUGAUUAUCUAGCAGUGGUGAAAAAGGAUCCUUCAAUGCAAAAAGAAAUCCUUAAAAAUCUGUGUGUAAAAAAAAAUGAGAAGCUGUUUUUUGAGGAACUCUUUGGAACUAUUGGACGAUUUGAUAUAUUAAGACAUUUAGGAAGCUGCUGUCAUGUCUUCAAAUGCAAAAAAAAUGAGUACAAAAGUAUAAGGCAACUAUGGAAGUCAUUGUUCGAAAUAUGUGAACAGUUGGAGGAUGAAGAUUUAAAGUCCUUAAAAGAACAAUUUCUUGAAAAAAGCUUUUGGGAAGAUGUAAAUUGUGCAGAGGAGUUUUUUAGUUUAACCUUUAAACAAAAAAAAAUUUCGGAAAGAAAUUUAAAUUCUUUGCGGAAUGCCUUUUCUGACAAAACAGUUUGUUUAAAGAUAAUUGAAAGCUAUGAAGAAGCAACAAACUAUUACUCUAUUAGACAACCUACAGAAACUUCGCCUUGUGGGAUAGCAGUAAUAAUCAAUCAUGAGAACUUUAGCAAUGAAGAUCAAAGUUUGCCCCACUUAGAAAAAAGAGAAGGAAGCAAAAUAGAUACUGAAAAGCUGCAAAAUUUAUGGAAAUGCUUUGGUUUUAAAGUAAGAGUUUACCAAGAUUUGGAUGACAAUGCAGUGCUCAAUAUCAUGGAUGAACUUUGUUGUGAAGAUCAUUCAACAUAUGAUGCUUUCAUAAUGUGUUACUUAUCACAUGGUAGUGAAAAAACAGUUUUUGCUUCAAACAAUAAAGAAAUCAAAAUUGACCUUCUCAUUGACAAAAUAGCUAACAAAACACCUACACUUAAUGGAAAACCAAAAUGUUUUUUUAUUCAAGCUUGCCAAGGAGAAAAUAUUCAAACUGCUGGAUGCUUAAAACCUCUUAAAACAGGAGACUCAGAAUCUACAGAUGCUCGGCCUCUGGAUAUUCAAAGAAAAGUGUCUGAGCUACACUUGUGUUCCCCUUUGUAUUGUGAUGUAUAUCAAGUUAUUGCAACUAUUCCAGGAUUUGUUUCUUUUCGCACACUUGAAUCUGGAAGCUGGUUCAUAUCAGAACUUUAUGAAAUAAUGAUGGAGUUGGGGGAUGCUCGAACAAUAACUCAUAUUAUAACUAAAGUAACUGAGAGAGUUACUAGUAAAAGAGGAAAUUGGCAAAACAAGAUGAAAUGUGCACAGACUCCUAUUAAUAGCUCUACAUUAUGUCGGGAAUUAAAAUUUAAGAAAAUUAAAACCUAAAUGUUUUGCUAAAACUAUAUUAAAUUUAGAAAAGUAAGAAAUAAUCCGGGAAAUUAAAUUGUACUCCAUUGCAAAAAAGGUAUGCUCAAUGAAAAAUUGCAUCACUUCUGUGAAAUGGGGCAGAUGCAUAUUCAUACCUUAGAGCAGGAAUUAAUAAAUGGAGGGAGAAAGUCCAAUAGUUGGCUUAGCAAGAGCUGAGGCAGAGACCCCAAGUCACAUGAUUCAACAAGGCCAAAUGGUUGACACAUUUUUGCAUAAAACUAGCAGAAGAAGCCUAAUUUCUUCCAAUGCUUUUCUUUAAAACAUGUCACUUGUCUUGGACUCUUUGCUUCACGAAUGCAAGUCCUCCAUUUUAUCUCUUCUCAAUGAUACAUACCUGCCAGAUUUUACAGAUUAGACAAAUAAUUUACAGUUUUAAGAUGUUUUAACACUCUUAAUUUUAGCUUUGUACAGCUGUCCUCAUUAUUUGUAUCAUAAUUACGAAUCUUUGUAAAUACUGUAAAAUUAAUUUUCAUUUGAAGUGUUUUGCUACAAAGAAGUUUUUUUUGACUGGAUUUUAUAAGUUUCCAAUAUUAUUUAACUUUUUUAAUAAAGAAGUUAAUAAUUUCUUUCUGUAAUGAUAUCAAUAAACAUAGGUGGCUUGUACGGGGGGGGGGGGGGGGGGGCAGGGGGAGGCAACUGCCCCCUCAUUUCCAACAGUAAAAGGGCUCAGAGUUAAAAUUAAUGAUCGAUUGAAAAAUAAAUUUUAUAGGGUAAAUUGAUUUAUUUUACGAAACUGAAGACUAAAAAUUCCAAAUAAAUUAACUUUUUGCUCUUAGUUUGUAAGAAUUGAACUUUGAAUUGGAUGAGGAAUGUCUAGGUGGGUCUUUAUUUUUGGUAUCAUACUCCCCACUUUUUGGAGUUUUUUUUAUCAAUAAUAUUAAAAGUCAGUAAUAUAGCCCAAUUUUACGAAAAAAAAAAUUAGCUUUAGUGGCCAUGCCCCCCGAACCCCCACACUUCUUUUGACUCUCACACUUUUCUGGUGCACCAGCUGCCUAUGUCAAUAAACCACUGUUGUAUGUAGUUUUUGUUUUAAAUGUGCUUAACCAUACUCUUAACCAGGGGUCUCCAACCUUUUUCACUCGUGGGCCACAUUGCAAAUUUUUGGAGGUGAGGCAGGCCAGUCCAACAAUAUAGCUCAGAUGGUCUAUUUAGGGCCCAGUCGUCCCGUCUCCCCCCCCCCCCACCACCACCACCAUCCAUCAUGAAUAUAUACAUAUAUAUAUUUUAAAUAAGCUCUGGGCUUGCUUCUAAGUUAUCAUAUUUCCUUUUCCAUAUAUGCUGUUAGCUAAAUGAAAUUAUAUUUCUAGUUCCCAUAAAGCUCUUAUAAUAUAACGAUAGGGAAUCUUGUAAAAUUUAGAAUAGUUCAGAAAACUGUAAUAAAAAGUAUUCUUUGUCACAAAGUAAAAUGAAAUGUUUUUUUUAUUUAUUUAUUUAUUUUUUUUUUAAGGCUGCUAUUGCAAUGUAUUACAAAUUUAUUUCAUUGAAUUAAUGAUGAUUAAAAACUUGGAAAUAAAUGAGAACACAACAUGCGUAAAGCUUUUAAAAAAUUUUAAAAAGAUGAAAUAUUAAUGAGAAGAUUGCAUUUGUUUACCAUUUAAAAUUUCACUCCAUUCAGGGACAAACUUCGUACUUCCAUCAUUAAGAGUGAUUUUAAAUGUUCAUCUGAUAAAGAAGAUCUGUACUUAGAUUUAAUAUACUUCAAUUUUGAAAACGUCUGUUCACACUUGUAGGUGGAUGCAGAAAGAGAAAACAUCGCUCUAGCAUGAUUUUUUAAGUUCUUAAAGAAUUUUUCUGGUAGAGAACUAUAAAAUGGAAGUAGGUAAAAUUUAGAAAAAAGAGCCAAACCGCUUUGUGGUAUUAACAAAAAAAAAAAAAAAGCCAAACCUGAGUGAAAAUCGUCCUCUCUUCUAGAUAGAAUUCUUAAGGGUUUGGGAAUUCACUUUCCCAUAUUUCUUAGCUAAAAAAAAGUCAUUUGCAUAAAAGAACAAAAUGAUGAAAAUGAAAAACGAAGAGAUUAAUCUACAAUGGUUGAUAUUCUGUUUAAAACGCUAUUUUUGGGAGACUUUCGAUUUCUGUUAUGAAGUUUUUUUGCAAAAUUCAGAAUCUAGCAUUAAAGUUUGGUAACAAACAUUAAAAUCUGGUGUCAGCCUCCCUCUCAGGCUGAGCUGACUACUAAUGAAUCUCAUGAAAACAGGAGUGAGCGCGGUCAGGAAAUGCCAGGGGACUAGGGGGAGGAUGUGGCCCGGAGAAAAGAUAUUUGUUCUUGGAAAGAGCAAAAAAAAAGGUGGGUUCUGCACUUGUAGUUAACAGUAAAAAAUGAUUUAAAUUAAGGGUAAAAUUUUUUAAUUAUUUGUAAUUAAAAAUAAUACCUCAAUUAUAUUUCCAACGAGGCUGUCUCUGUUCCGAGAAAAUAAAAAGUUUGGAACCUUCCUGCGGGCCGGACAAAAUCUGUUUGCGAAUAUCAGGUUGUAGAGCCGUGCCAAUCUGCCCCCUCCUUUUUUUAAAUUAAACAUUUAUAUGACUAUAUAACAUCAGUUUUUUUGCAUUGGUAUUUUGUAAAAUAUUUUUUGCAAAUUCAUGUGUCAAAGACAAAUAAAAAUUAUUGAGUUAUUGUCAUGUGCAUUGAUAUUUUUCAAUCACAGUAUUGAAGACUUUGAUGCAGUAAUGGCAUUCACAAUGAAGUUUUACUGUGCCUAUUUCCAACGUUAACAAGUAUGCAUAAUGUUUGCUGAAAUUAACACAUGCUUAUAAAUUCAAAUAAGUGCAUGUUGUUGAUAAAAUAAAGCAAUUUUGUCUUUAGU